UUUUUUUUUUUUUAAGACACCACAAGACAAAUCAUUACUAGAUUCCUGGAAAUGUGAGGUUAUGUAACUGCCGAAUUUGCUGGCUGUUGAGCAUAGAAAGGGAGCUAAUUACGUGAUUUUAUAAUCUUGCCACAAAGAAAGUAGGGCAAUCUCAGCGUUGAAGAAUGUCACCAUCAACAGGGGUUUUGUUGGUUCUUUUAAAGGAUAUUUUAAGCCGGAAAGUGACGACCGACUAAGCCUUGACAUAGCUCAUGCUUGCCAAAUGUGUGUCUUUUACCCUAAAAGAAAUGUACGUCUUUCUAAAUAUAGCCCUAUCACAUUUUAACAAUCCUGGCCUCAGUGCUAUUUCUGGUUUCUCCAGGGCUGUGUGCAAAUACGAGCUCAAGGCCAUUUGCUGUAGUUUUAACUCCACGCCUUCCAAGACCUCUGAUAAGACUGUAUUUUUAGGAAGGCAUUUCGCAGCACCCAGAGACUGCUGGUGAACGCGGGGGCCCCAUUUAUCAUUUUAAAGGACACUUUGGAGGAACUGCUGCGUUCAGAGGGCAACAGGGAAUGGCCAAGUGACACCUUCUUUUCUGGCUUUUGUAAAUAACAACGGCUAAUGAGGUCAAAAGUAUUUAUUUCACAUCAUAAUUUCCCCCAGAUCAGAUAUGAGUUAUGGGAAGUAUAUAUAGGUUAGUAGAUUGUAUUUUUGCCUUGUAUAACCUAGUUUUAUUCUUGGAGAUAGAAUAAUAUGGUAAGUAUCCGGAUAUUAAAUUUCUUCCCGGAUUCUUACUUAGUGUAAUGAUGUGUGAAUAUACGUAUUUAAUAGUGUCUGUGAGAUAUAGUUUUCUUAGCGUACCAUUUACAUAAUUGAACUACAAUAUUAUUUUAGGGGGCGGAGACAUUCUAGAUGAUGACUCCUGGAACAUAUUAUCCCUAUUUUAGCCGUUUUCCAAGACGCUGCAGUUGCAGUAGGCCCCCCAGCAGCAGACCCUGACCCACUUUGCGUGCUGGGCUGGGAGACCCAAGCCUUCAGAGGCGGGGGGCCUGGGGGGACUUUGCAGCGCCACCUUUCAUCAUGCGUCCUUGCGCCCCUCGCUGGUCCGGGAGACCGGGCACGCGCCUGGCAGUGGCAGGCAGAGACCUCGACCCAAGACGCUCCCCUUGGGCAGCAACUGGACGCGCCUCGCGGUGGCCCGCGCGGCUCCCCGGCCCCUCCCGCAUUCCUUUGUUCUGGCGCGGGGGUCCUCGCGGCGCCGAGGCCCCGCUGCGCCGCCCACCCGGCGGGGGGCGGGCCUGGGGAGCGGCGCGGCGUGGGGGCGCGGCCGCGAGCGGGGCGGAGGCUUGCAGGGCCGAGUUCGGUGAGCUGCGCUCGCCCGGAGCCGGUGGCCUGAGGCGGAGAGCAGGCGUGCCUCCUGGGCGCCGGCUCCGGUGGCCUUGGGCCUCGGGACAGUGCAGCCUCAGGCAGACCGAGCCAGAAGCUGACUCUACUCCGGAGCACCGCUAGCCGCGACCCCCACAGAUAUCUUUGUUUCUGGAGUCUCCGUUGAAUUUCAGAGGCAAGAUCUCUUCUCCAUUCACGGAGUGAAAAAGCAGGACAUCUAAAUGGCUACAGAAAGAAGGGAGGGCAGUCUUGAUCGUGAUGGAUAGGAGGGACAGUGCUUGAACAUGGACAGUGGAACCCAGUUUUUUUUUUUUUUUUUUUUCUUAUUGUAGCUAAAGUUUAUUUGAUCCAAAGCCCGGGAUGAUAUAUAUGGUCGGGAGUCCCUAAUUCAAAGUCACCCACAUAGAUGUAGCUGUCUCUCCUGUAAAAGUACCUCUCUACUUCCUCUCUCUACUUCAUCACAGCUCCACGUUUCUCCCGGUGGCCUUCUGAAGCCACAGGAAAGCCUCCUGGUGUUUGGAGGGUGAUCAGCUCAGGCUGCUCUCUGGAUGGCAAACCUGGAAUUCAGCAUCAAAUGAUGCUCUUGGAUACCCUAAGGACCCUCUUUGGGAGUCUGCUUUGGGAGAUGCAAAAAAGGCAGGUGUAAGUGCUGCUCUCUCCCCAGUAUAUGAUACUCUCUCCUCAGUAUAUGAUAGACCUUCACUGCCUUUCAGGGAAACCUGAGGGGAAGGAAGCCCGUGGAUCCGCACAGUUAAGAAGGGGCUCAGUAAAUGUUUCCAGAAUGCUUAUGUUUGGACUGGCUUUCCUUUACGGAACCGAAUCUCACAGAAAGAAUGAAGACAGAUAACCCAUGAAAGGCUCCUGACAGAUUUACCCUGUGCCGGACAACAGAAGGACCCAUUGAUGGAUGAGAGGCUGAAGUCCUUAAGACCUGAAAGAAGACUGGGGAAGUGAUUUGUCUCCUCCAUCCGGUCUGUAGGACGAGGAGGUCCUUUCUGAUGCAGCUGAGAAAAAUGCAGACCAUCAAAAAGGAGCCCGCACCCCUAGAUCCUACCAGCAGCUCAGACAAGAUGCUGCUGCUGAACUCUGCCUUAGCUGAGGUGGCCGAGGACCUAGCCUCAGGUGAAGAUUUGCUCCUGAACGAAGGGAGCAUGGGGAAAAACAAAUCCUCGGCGUGUCGGAGAAAACGGGAAUUCAUUCCGGACGAGAAGAAAGACGCCAUGUAUUGGGAGAAACGGCGGAAAAACAACGAAGCUGCCAAAAGAUCUCGGGAGAAGCGCCGCCUCAAUGACCUGGUUUUGGAGAACAAGCUGAUCGCCCUGGGAGAAGAAAAUGCCACUUUAAAAGCUGAGCUGCUCUCCCUGAAAUUAAAGUUUGGUUUAAUUAGCUCCACGGCGUAUGCCCAAGAAAUCCAGAAACUCAGUAAUUCCACAGCUGUCUACUUUCAGGACUACCAGACAUCCAAGGCUGCCGUGAGCUCUUUUGUGGACGAGCAUGAGCCUGCGAUGGUAGCCGGAAGUUGCAUCUCAGUCAUCAAGCACUCUCCCCAGAGCUCGCUCUCCGAUGUGUCAGAGGUGUCCUCGGUGGAGCACACUCAGGAAAGCCCCGCACAGGGAGGCUGCCGGAGCCCUGAGAACAAGUUCCCUGUGAUCAAGCAGGAGCCCGUGGAGUUGGAGAGCUUUGCCAGGGAGGCCAGGGAGGAGCGGGGCACGUAUUCCACCUCCAUCUACCAGAGCUACAUGGGAAGCUCUUUCUCCACUUACUCCCACUCCCCACCCCUCUUGCAGGUCCAUGGGUCCACUAGCAACUCCCCAAGAACCUCAGAGGCCGAUGAGGGUGUAGUGGGCAAGUCUUCUGAUGGGGAAGACGAACAACAGGUCCCUAAGGGCCCCAUCCAUUCUCCAGUGGAGCUGCAACGGGUCCACGCCACGGUGGUGAAGGUUCCGGAAGUGAACCCUUCUGCCUUACCGCACAAGCUUCGGAUUAAAGCCAAGGCCAUGCAGGUCAAAGUGGAGGCUUUGGACAGCGAGUUUGAAGGCAUGCAGAAACUCUCUUCACCCGCCGAUGCGAUCGCCAAAAGACAUUUUGACCUGGAGAAACAUGGAACCUCGGGUAUGGCCCAUUCCUCCCUCCCUCCUUUCUCAGUGCAGGUGACGAACAUUCAAGAUUGGUCCCUCAAAUCGGAACACUGGCAUCACAAAGAACUGAGCAGCAAAACUCAGAGUAGCUUCAAAACAGGUGUGGUGGAAGUCAAAGACGGUGGCUAUAAGGUUUCCGAAGCUGAGAAUUUGUAUUUGAAGCAGGGAAUAGCAAACUUAUCUGCAGAGGUGGUCUCGCUCAAGAGAUUCAUAGCCACACAACCGAUCUCGGCUUCGGACUCCAGGUAAAUGGCUGCUGACCGAGCUAUGCAUGGAGGAGGAGGCUGUUGGUACCAUACUGAAUUUCCACUGGACCUCUAAAGUCAUUUCACUGUAGUGUGCACAACGGCGUCUGUCUGGGUGUCCUUGUGUGCACGCGCUGAAGACUUGAUGCCCUCACUCUGCCUGGCGUGUAGUCAGAUAGCCCCCCACAGAGGCUGUACAUACUGAACGUUAUUUUUGCUCUAUUAUAAAGUGUGUAUGUUGCCAGUUUCAAUAAAGGAUUGGUGGCAAGCACA